AUGCGCAUGACGCUGGCGAGGAAGGGGCUACUGAUGCACGUGCAAGUUGUGAAGGACUCGACGGAGGCCACGGAGGCGUGGCUGCUCAACGUCAUGUAG